AUGAGUAACAAAGAAAAAGUCUGCUUCCCUUCGGAGCAUAAACAAGGAGCUUUGUCGGGGGUGUUGACGGGAGACACCAGCAAAUCAAGCAUGGGGCUCGUGGUUCUACAGGAGUGGUGGGGCAUGAAUCAGGUGAUCAUAGACGAAGCUGCGGAUAUUUCUGGAAGGGGCAACUUUGUUACCCUUGUUCCCGACUUGUACCGGGGAAAAAUAGCGACGGAUCACGAAACCGCGGGCCACUACAUGUCUGAUUUGGAUUGGCCAGGGGCAGUGCAAGAUAUCGCCGGGGCUGCGAAAUAUUUGAAGGAGAAAGGUUGGUCCAAUAUAAGCUUAAAGAUAAACUCCUUAAUAGUUAAUCGGGGUCACGCAAUUCGAGGGAGAGUAUAGUAUACGUAGGUGUUGCAACUUUGGGCUGACCCGGAAUGCUGCAAAAUCCUGAAGAUGACCCCUUGUUCAAAAUGGAUGGGGAAAGGAUCAGUGAAAGAUUUUAUAGGCUACCUAGGGAGUGGGAGGGUGUAUUUAGGAUUAGUACUCACCAACAGAAUGUUCAAUAAUGAGAAAAUCCUUAAAUAAGAAUGAUCGAGCAGGCCCAUAGCGAGGUUUUUUUUACUGGGUAGGUGCAAUCCAACUAGGAGACAUACCAAAUAAGGCCGGUGGGGCAUAUCUCUUAAGGGGGGGAAGCUUUGGUUGUCUGAGACAGAAUUGCCCAGCAAGUUUGCAACUGGGGGGGCCUCACCUGGAACACGUUAGUGUGAGUCCAGGGACAUGCUCCUGUGAAAACUUUUUGAAUUUUGAAAGCCCCCUGAAAUAGCUGAAAAUGCAAUUAAAACUAAGAUGGUGUGGUGAAACUUAUAUACUUUCAACAAGAAAAAAUGUCGACCUAAAAAAUCUUUUCACACGGUGUAGCUUUAAUAGGAGUUCUAAUAUCCUCCAAGCAACAUAGAGAACUGGGUCCAGCAUGUCAAAGCUGACGGGAGUUCUUAUACUCGCUAACUGGUAAAAUAACAAAUGACUUUGUAGAAAAGCAUGGCAAACAAACACAAAAGGGAUUUUUAUUGAGCAAUGAAAAAAUGUCUUGUAGGCACACCAAAUCCCCUUUUUAUACUUUACGAAGGCUAGAACAUGUUUUGUGGAAAAAGUGAGUCAGGCUUGUGACUUCUUUAACAGCAUUUUCAAUUUUACUACGUAAUCAGUAUAUUAGAACAGAACAAUACUCCUACUUCUUUUUUUUAAGUCGCUGAUCAAUAAAAAAAGUGGACCUCUGGCGCCUGUGGUGGGGGGUGCGAGGGCACCCGUUACACCCACCUCCCUACGGGGCCUGCCAAGACCAGGUUUUUUGAGCCCACGAGACUGACCUCCCCACCCAAACCCUUGUUUUCACUAAAACCACUGGACACCACAACCUGGUUGAGGUCAUUGUUAUCUAAGGUCUUCCCAAUAAUGAAUACAGUUCUCACUCACUGGUUACCACCAUGAUGGGUGGUUUACUAGGAGGGGGGGAUGACUGCUUAUUACCUGUGAGGGAGGCGCACCAUUUUGAGAAAACUUAGAUUUUCAAACCCAACCCCCCAAUUCAUCCUAGCUAUUUAGAGAUGACCCCCCAUAAAUUUUAACUAUGGUGAAAGUGAGCCCCCAUAGGAAUAUUCUAGCUACAAAUUGUGUAACUUGCAGAAUAAGGGUUAUUUUUUCACGUUUUGAGGGAGAAGUGCAUGCCCUUUCACGCCUAAAAAACGUGAAAAAAUAACACCUGUUUUGCAGGCUACAAAUCAUGCCAAGAGUUCACCACAUACUUAAUUAUCUACAGUCACGUUUAUAAGAUCAGUGUUUGCUAUUUGCAGAUGUUACAUUUAAUUUCAAUUCACGCUUGUUACUGCUCUGUAAUACUUUCAUGAAAUUAUUAAAAUGACCCCCCAGGUAAUGCUCCCUAAUCUGAAAAUGACCCCCCAGCAAAAUGGCCGGCCCUGGCCCUGGUCCAGGCCCCCAUCUCGGGUAAUAAAUGACCAGCCCAUAGAGACCUUUGGGAAGUUUGCCUGAUUUGUAAAACUAAUUAUUUUUUUGAGCACUAGCCCAUCUGAUCCUCCUUUUCAGUCUAUAUACAGCAGUCAAUGGACAGCUGUAAUAUUAUUUAUCAACUCGGUUGACAGAACCCAAAAGUUAAAUGUAUUCAGUCCUCCACUGAUGCACCCUGUAAUCAGAGCCUGCUUUUGUCUUCUCGUUGGUCAAGAAGGAGAAAAGGAGGCUGAUCUGCCUGAAUGGUGUAAAGCUUCUGAAUUUGCCACAGCCUCAAUUUCUGGAUAAGUCAAUCUUGCCUUCUCUCAUCAAACUGGUUUUUCAAAUGCAAGCAUCCAUUUAUUGAUAGUCCGAUGGUCUUAACAGAACCCACUGUGCCAAGUGCACAGCUAUUAGGCCUGGGUUCCAAACUGUAUCCUUAUGGCAACAAGCAACACAUAUGCUCAACAAAGAUCCUACUCGAUUAAAAUAAUGCAGUCUUUGUUAACUAUGCCAAAAUCGAAAUAUCGUCGUGAGCAAGCGAAAGAAAGGCUCUGCCAGCCGGUUGCCACUGAUGCAGCCCCAUACUUAGUGUAAGGCUAUGUUCUAACUAUACCGGUUAGCUUUUCGUGAUGCCAUGUAUAGCUAACCUCCGGCAGUGUAGUCAGUGUGUGAACACCUAACUGAUAUGUGACUCUCUGCUCUAGAGAUUGGACUGGGGUAGCCUUGCUCCAUCUCAGACUUGUCACACCACAACAAUUUUUGUGACUGUGUGAACAGAAGCCCUAUCCGGUAUGAUAUUUGUGGUAGCACGAAAGCUAUGCGGUACGUAGCCUAUGUUUAGAAACUAAACCUGCAAUUAUUUGUUAUUUUGUCAGGUUGUAAGAAAGUGGGUGUGACUGGCUUCUGUAUGGGUGGGGCCCUUGCUUUAGCAGCUGCCGCACUACUUCCUGAAGAGAUUUCAGCUGCCGCUCCAUUCUACGGCAUUCCAAGUUCUGACCUAUGUGAUGUGGGCAAGAUCAAAGCACCAGUGCAAGCUCACUUUGGUAGUAAAGAUACACUAGAAGGGUUCUCUUCACCGAAAGAUGCUAAGGCCCUUGCAGAGAAGUUUGAUGCCGCUGGAGUGAGUUAUGAGCUGCACAUGUAUGAUACUGGCCAUGCCUUCACUAAUCCUACUAAUCCAAAUUACACUAAGGAAAUUUGUGAUUUGGCAUUAGGAAGGAUGGUAGAUUUCAUGAACAAGCAUUUACAGUGAACUAUAAUUUUUUAAUUUUGAACUUUGAUACCAACUGCUUUUCAUUUUUUGUUUUCUUGUGUUCAAAUAGUUGGUGGAUGCGGUAGAUAAUGAGAUGAGUUGUUCUGAAGUCAACAGACUUAAACCUUAGGCCCUUGCCUUACAUCAAAAUUUAAAUUCUCAUUAAUUUUGUUAUCCUUAUGCAUUUUUAUAUAAAAACCAAAGUAGAGAGAAGUUGUUAAGAGUAUUGAAAUAGACUGUUUUAAUUCAAAUCUUGUGUUAUCUUAUCUUAAGGUGCGUUCCUUUGGGGUGGUCUGGAUGAGCAUCAGUGAUCCGAGAUCACUCGGAUCAUUGUACAUGUAGAUCAAAUGAACCGAUGAAUCCACUCUGGACAAGGAUUCAUUUGAUCUACCAUGAUCUUAGUGAUCUCGGAUCACUGAUCCUGAUCCGGAUCAUCUCAAAGGAAAGUACCCUUAGAUUCUCAGUACCACUCUGUUUUAGUAAACGUAGAUGUUACAAGGAGAACAUUGAUAUGCUGAUCUCUCUUAGAGCAGAAAGAGUCAACAUUUUCGAAACAUGUUAACAGUUUCCAACUGAACCACUCUACUAAUGUACAUUUUACCAAGGAAAUUUGUGAUUUGGCUUAAGGUAGUCAAUAGAUUAUUUAAGAAAUAAAAUGAAUUAUUUGAAGUGAUCCAUACUUAAAAUGAACUUUAAAAGUUUACUUAUUUUAUAACUCAGUCCAAGCAAAUUGCUGUGUUCAACCUUUAAAGACAACAGACUUAUGUGUGCAUAUUCAAUCAAUUAUUUUAAGAGGUGAGCACAGUAGUGAAACUGAUGACUCUGUGGCCUUCUAUGACGUACACUAAAAAUAUUAUAACGAUGGUGCGAAAAUGAAAUAGCACACACCCCCUCCCUAAUCUUCAAUGACAAGCGAGAAGGGGGGUCACAAGCACAAGAUCAUGGACAAGCCAUUUGAGCCCCAAUAAGGUAGU